CCACGCACCAUCGGCAGUUUCUCCUCGUAGCCGCAUGCCACGUGCAGAAGAAGAAGAAGAAGCUGACGAACAGGAUGGUUUCUUCGAUGGGGUCUGCGACGGCGAGCGAAAAGAAUGCCUCUGGCCGCUCCAAGUCCAGGGCCAAGCCUAAGUCCAAGAAAAAGUCCUCGCGGCGAUCCUCAAAGCGUGGCCGCAAACGCAGCACAACCACUCCCAGCGUCCCCGAGGUGGAAGAUGCAGUCCCGUCGCUGUCCGUGGAUUCCCGUCGGCCUAGUUCUUCCACGCAGGCAGAGGUGUCGACGAUGUCCUUGACUGAACGGCGCAAGGACCCUCGAGCCGCAAGCGAACGGACGUCGAUCGCUGGGAGUAUGGGUGUCACUGAGGACCAAAGCGCCCUCGCCAACUCAGAGAUACCCCGAUCAGCGCUGACAUUUCUGUCGGCAGCAUCGGAGUCGAUGGUGGCGCUCGCAUCGCCUGAGCCAACAGUGCUAGCUUCGCAUCAGAUAGACGAAGAGGAGCUGGUUUCGCGGGUGCCACUGGCGACCCUGCCACCUCCGGCGAUGAUGCCAACACGUCCUUCCACACAGAGGAAAGCCGCAGCCAUGGACGCGGUGGCAAAGCACGAGUCUGGGAGGAAGACAGGCAUGACAACGGGACACGACAUUUUCACCCCUCUCAACAGGAUCGUCCCGUGGCAGAAAGAGGUCCAACCAGACCUCGUCGAUGUGCGUGUUUUUUUUUUUUUUGCUUUUGUAUGCGCGCGUCAAACUCGCACUAAAAAGAGAUCGCGAAGAUAGCGAACGAUUCCCAAAACAUAACCUACAAAUUAGACAUGUCCGAAAUGUAUCUCGGAUAUAAUUCUGUCUACGGCAUGAAUAGUUCUCGAAUGGACGACCUUAUUUGUAUUGGUCUCCAAAAUAAUUUACCCUCAACUGUUUUUUCUCCAAGUUGAUAUAAGUACGUUAAGGUGCAUCUCAUGACGUAAUGGUGCUUCUGUUUUGUGGAUCUACUUAACUGUAGGUCAUGCCAAUAACUUACCCUCUGCCCUUUAAGCACAAGUAUAUGUAAACACCAGAGCGUGAGUUGAGGCGAGAAUAGCUUCUAAUAUUUGUUGAAGGAACAGCAUUUCUAUUGUAUGCAAAAUGGGGGAGGAGGAAAUUCUCUAGCGAUGCGUUAACCUCGAACAACGGUAUUACCGUCAUCUGCAAACCGCGUUAAUAAAAUUUAGAUGCAAAUUAAUAUAGUUAGUUUGCACGAAACUGUAGAGCAGGACGACUACGUGUUCUCCUCAAUCGUUGAAUUCGCGCGACUCAAUCAAGCGCCAAUUCGGCUACAGCUCCCUUCCAUAUUUAUUGGUGCUGGAACAAGUCUGGCUGCAGCAUUUGGCUAAUAGAAGCGUAAGAUAAAGAAUGCAUUGGAAGCUCCGAAUGUGGUUCGGGUUCACAUGCUAAGAAAAAGAAAAAAAGAAAAAGAAAUGAAAGAAAGCAAUAUGAUACAGACCCUAGUUCAAUAACUAUAGGUCCGUAUCCGAAGUACCGCGACAUCUUGAGGCAGGUAACGUGCAAAUAAAACACUGACAAUGGAAAGAACGAGGUCAUACAGAGCGCUUUUCCAACUAAAUUCAUCACACGAGAAAAAUGUACAUAAACUCGCUCGCAUACAGCGCUCCGUAUGUCCUCGUUCUUUUUGCUGUCCGUAUUUUAUUUGAGCUUUAGCCGCUUUAAGAGAUUAUUCGUGGAAAGCUAUUCCGUAAACCUUAUAAUCGAACUGCUAUAUGAACAGCCACCAGAACGGCAUGUAAUGGGGAGUAGACUUUCGUACACUAGGCCAAGGACACCAUAUUCGUUUGCACAGUUGCCUGUAAACGAAUAUUAAAUGUUUUAUAGUGAGGAAAUUGCGGUUCUGCGUGCGAAUGUG